CCAAGCCCCCACUUGGUCUGUCCAAUGGGUCAAGUUGUGCUCCUCCCCUUCAAGAAUUUGUUACCCUCACUCUUGGCUACUUUUUGGGGACCAGUCCCACCUACACAUCUUCUACCUUGUAAGGGUUGUCCACUAUAUAAACUCUGGAACCACCCCCUAACAGUGGUAUACCGUUCUCGGACUUCGGAACGAACAGUUCGUGGUUCUUCAGUGGUGAACAACCCUCAACUCGUAUUAUUUCGAUUUAUUCUAUUUUUAUUUCAACUACCAACUCGGAAUCGUCUAGAGUCUGUUUGUGUUGUUUGUUGUGUUUGAUAAGUGAAUUGACCUUGGAAUUCUUUGAGAGAAAGUGAUAUUGACUUCCAAUGACAAUGGAGUCCUGCAAUGAGUCCCAAAUCGGUGAGCACGCGCUGGACUUCACAAAAUCCUCGAAAGAAGAAACAGAGCCACCGAUUCUGGACCUGUCCUGCAAGAAAGAGCAAUCAUCCCAACGAACUGCUUACAAUUUGAGUCCAGCAUUCUCAGAGUCCCUCUCGUUCUCUCCGCCAAGUGAGUCAACAUCUAGUGAACCAUCCCAGCACCAAUUGGACUUCAAAGAAGAACGAAAGAGUCCAUUCGAGGGUCGAACAUUCAUGGUGACACCACCCUCGGAGUCUGAUUCUCCAAAAAAAUCAAAGUACGAGCCUAUCUACCCCCAGAUGUCUGCAGUACCCACCGACAUAACUCAUCGUUAUCCCCUUCUGCCAAAGGCCCUGCCGAUGCCCUUGGCAAUUUGCCCAACAGUUCCAUCUCUUCCGAUCAAUCAGAAUGGAGGAAUAACGAAUCAGAUUCAGAUUCCAGUGUCCACUGCCUAUCCCUCAGUGAUGAAUCAAGAGGUUUCUAGUCCUCUGGUUUCCCCAGAAACAUCGAAGAAGGCACCGAGACCCUUCAAGGCUUAUCCAAAGGACCCUCUAGCCCUCACAAUGGGCCCCGAGAUCAUCUACGAUCAGAACUCUAACGAAGCUUACUCGGAAUUCAGAAAGAGAAUGCUCGAUUCUGUGAGGAGAACCAAUGAGGGUACCAACAUCAAAAUGAGGAGGGUCAGCAAAAGCCCUGGUCUACCCACCAGCACAAUGGGAGCACUGGAUGAUAAAGAUGCUGCCUACUGGGAGAGGAGAAGAAAAAACAAUGAGGCUGCCAAGAGAUCCAGGGAUGCACGGAGAGCUAAGGAAGACGAAAUUGCCAUUCGUGCUGCUUUCCUUGAACAAGAAAAUAUGAAAUUGAAGUAUGAGCUAGUUGCAUUGAGGAAUGAAACUGCGAAGCUUAGGUGUAUGGUUUAUUCAAAUUAAUUUUAGUCAGAGGUUUAGCAUCCACGUGAGAAUGGGGGAGAUUUUUUGAAAUAGGUUGGACUGAAUUUCAAAAAUCUAUACGCCGAUUUAUUCUUUAUGAUCAGGAAAUCAUAAAUCUGAAAAUAUUUGUCCAGUUUGGGAAACUUUUUUUUACGGAAACGGAAAGAAUGGGUUGAAAAUUCUCUCGAAACCUCGAUUUAUAUUUUGCUAAAAUGUCGGAAAAGGGAUAUUGAAGGAAAGGUCAUGAGAUCAGGAAAUUUCACGGCCUACAUGUAAGAUCAUUCGAUGCUUUUCACUAGUUCCAAAGAUUUUUACUGAAUAGGGUGUGAAACUGUUUUAUGGACGGACGAGGUCAAUUCACACCGGUCUUAUUAAACAUUAGAGACCUCAACGCGAAGUCUUUUAGCUGCUAAAUAAUAUUUACAGGCUAUACAUGUACAUAUGUUUAUAGAUUUGCACAUAAAAAUAUAUUAAUUGUAAAUUCUUAGGUUUAAUUGGAUUUUCAAUUCACACAAUUUUAAUAAUCUUUAUUCUCUCUUUUUGAAUAUCUUGUGCCAUAAAAUAAGAUAGAUGUCUUCCUACGGGUGCCAUAAUUCACGUGAAAGGUUUAAUGAGUUCAAAAUAUAAUUCGUUUUCAGUCUAUAUUCUCUUUUAAUUUUAUUCCAUCUGUGUAUAUUUCAUUGGCAUCACUUCAAUGUUGAACGAGCCUUUUGUGAGUUCAUGAAAUUGUAUACAAAAUAAUCUUCUGGGAAUUUUGUAAAUUAAUGGGGAAUUAUUUAAAAAGUUCGAAAAUUACUAGCAAAUAUUUUUUGGACUCAUGUUAUUCCUCUCAGGUGAUUUUUGCAUUGUUUCAUUGAGAUUGACAUUGAAACAUUGCAACAUUUCAAAAUAAUAUUCAUUUUUUGAAUUUUUACAGAGAGAUUUGGACUUGCGCUAUAUGAUAGUAGAUUUAUCCAAAGGUUGAUGAAUUAUUCACUCGUUUAGACCGUUAAGACUUAUUACGUGAACUUAAUACAGGGUUGAAUCUCAAAGAUAGUCAAUAAUGCUAAGGAAACAAAGGUCUAUUUUUUUAGGGAUGAAUAAAAAUUGCGGUGUGUGAAUUUUUGAGUAAAAAGUUUUCAUGUACAUACAGAGACUGUUGUAAUAUUUAAGAUA